AUGUUCGGCGUGCAGAGACUCACAGGUUGCAACCUAAGCCUCAUUCGACUUUGUCGAAAAAUACCAGAAAAACUUGGUGUGGAUGACAACAUGCUAGAAUCUCAAUUGGAAGGAUUGACUCUGGAACAGGCAAUUUCUGCAAAGCGCUUAUUCUAUACAGACAUAGAAAUUAUGGACAACGUCAAACACAGAAAAGGAUUCGAGGUAUGCGCCCCGAUUGCCUUGUUCUUCCUUGACAAAGACAAACAAUUGAUUCCAAUUGCAAUUCAGUUACAACAAAAGAAAGGACCAAAUAAUCCAGUUUUCCUGCCGACAGAUCCACCAGGUUUAUGGACAUUAGCCAAAAUGUGGUACAAUAACGCGGACGCAGCAAUCCAUCAGUCACUAACACAUUUAGCCUUUACACACUUAAUUAUGGAGGGCGUUGUGUUGGCCAUUCACAGAAAUAUCUCGUUGUCGCAUCCUAUAUUUAAACUUUUGGCUCCACAUACACUAUACCUGCUUGCAAUCAAUGCGAGAGGUCUACAGUUUUUGAUAUCGGAAGGAGGCUGGGUGGACAAUACAAUGAAUAUUGGAACUACCGGUAUGUUUGACCUUAUCGCUCGUGGGGUUAAAACUUGGAGUUUUAACGUUCAAGGUACAUUUCCAGCUGAACUGAAGGAACGGGGUGUAGAUGAUCCAGAUGUAUUACCGUAUUACCCAUUCCGAGAUGAUGCCUUACUUUACUAUAAUAUCAUUAAAGACUACGUGUUCAACUAUGUAAAAAUAUAUUACGAUUCUCCAGAAAAACUCGCAAGCGACUGGGAAAUCCAGAACUGGGCAGAAGAACUUGCUAGACCAAGAGAAGAAGGUGGCAUCGGGAUUUUGGGAAUGCCGUUAAAAGAUGGUAAGGGUUGUUUCCAUAAUUUGGAUGAGCUGACAAUUGUUUUAGCAUCUAUCGUGUAUACGUGCAGUGUUGGACAUGCUGCGUCGAACUUUCCUCAGUACGAAGAGUAUGGCUUCCCUGCACACUAUCCAGCCUACAUGAAAGGACCUGUUCCAACUUCAAAAGAUAUUUUGGUGACAGAAGAAGACAUUUUAAAGGUAUUACCUGACAGGCAAAUUACAUUAGAUGUCAUGACAGUCACAAAAAUACUCAGUUCCAAAGGGACCAAUUCUUUGGGUGAUUUUGAAGUCCAGUACAUAUUUGAUCCAAGAGCCAUUCCAGUUGUCAAUAAAUUUCGCAACGAUCUGAAAGAACUCGAUAAAAUAAUCACUGAAAGAAAUAAGAAGAGGAACCCCACUUAUACUUAUCUGGAACCUGUUUACGUCCCAAAUUCUAUCAGCAUCUAA